AUGACUUCCUCACUUCUCUCAACCAUCAACAACUAUGUGCAGACUUUCAGAGGGAUAAACCCCACCACAAUUCCCGAUAAUUUUGUCCCCGGCGCUGAUUUGAGAGGAAAAUGGGUCAUCGUCACUGGUGGAAACAGCGGUAUUGGGUUUGAAGCUGCAAAAUCGUUCGCAACAUGGGGUGCGAAUCUCAUUCUCGCUUGUCGUGAUCCAUCAACGUACGAACAACACCCCACAGAUGCUGUCAAAGCAUGUCAGGAACUUGCUAAGGAGCAAGGUCACUUAUCAACUGUUGAAUGGUGGCAGAUUGACUUGUCAUGUCUUAGUAGCGUGGAGGCCUUCUACCAGAGAUGGCUUGAAACCAACCAUGCUCUGGACAUCCUUUGCAACAACGCUGGCGUACCCUCGACCGAUCCAAUCCGGAUGACUGAUGACGGGUUUCAUUACACCCACCAAAUCAACCUUCUAGCCCUUGUCCUGAUCACAUUAAGUCUCUUGCCAUCGAUCGCGAAAAGCCCCGAGCCUCGAAUUAUUUGCACCGUAUCCGCCGCACAUCAUAUGGGCCAGCUUGAUUUCGAGCAUUUCAACGGUGGCCCUGGACUAGGUACUCUGGCGUACAGCAACAACAAACUCUUUUUCCAGAUGUGGAUUGUUGAGAUGCAGUCCCGAUUCCUGAAGCAUCCUGAGUACCUCCAUUUACGAUUCAUGGGGUUAAUCCUGGUAUGGUUCUAUCGAGCAUUUGGAAUACUGCGAAAAAUAGAGACAGGCCCACGACAAAAUUUCCUUUACAACACUGUGGAAUUACGCCCAGGCAAGGUAGCUUCGCUAUUACUCAUGCGGCUACCAGCCCUGGGCUUGGACCAGAUCCCAAGAAACAGAAUGUCGGCUCUCCUCGAGGACUGGGUGGAGGGAAGUAUAUCAAUCGAGUAUGGGUGGCCCCUGCUAAAUCCUUUUGUGAUGAUCCAGAGGCUAGGUUGA